ACCACAAUUCAUUGUAGGAAAACUUGAUAAAGGAACCUAGUUUAUAACUUCUAAUGUAGGUGAUUAUUUGAUUGUCGGAAAUAAUGUGGAUUUAUGCAGCAUUCGUACUGUAUUCCCUAUCGCUAUCUUCAGGAAUUAAUGGCCAAAGCGUGGUGUGUCCGGAUGACGUCACAAUGACUGUGACUUCAGUGCAAGAUGAGGUAGCAGUAUCUUGGGCUGACCCAACACCGGAUGGUACACCGUUGAUGAUGGAGUCGUCACGUACCAACGGAUCAAUGUUUGGUGUAGGUAGACACGCUGUACUCUACACCGUCGAUUACACAGGCGGUGUUUCAGUGAUGUGUUUCUUCUAUGUCAUUAUCACAGCCGAUGAUGGCAGGGCAGGACCCAACAUCAACCGAUGUCCAACCAGUCGCACUCCCCAGACCUAUGAAGCAUUCAACAAUGUGAACUGCAGUCUUCCGUACGAUCCACCGUUUGUUAGUCAGACAAUGGUGACCUUCACCUCUACACACACUCCUCAAGAUACAUUCGAAGUGGGGACAUACCACGUGGUCUACACAUUUACCAACGUACAGGGAUUCGUAUCUGAAUGCGUGAUACCCAUCACUGUUACACGUAAGUGUGUUUCAUGUUUCCAUUGUAAUAAAUGUCGGCCUAAUAUUAUAGAUUAAAUUUCCAAAAUAUGCUUAUUCCGCUUUUGAUGGAAAUAAAGUUACCAACGUUACAAUUUUUUACCCGUCGACAGGGGAAAUUUUUCUGCCAACAUUUUAUGCACAGAAGUAUGUACAAAUAUGUCAAAUGGAUGCUCCGGGCUGAAAAUAUCUGAAUAAAUAGAGUAAAAUUUACAGAGCAAAAUGCCGAAUUUUUUUAAAAAUCAAAAUCGGAUAUCAAAUAAUAAAGUCAUUGAAUUCUAAAGUUUAGCAAUAUUUUGUGAAAACAGUUAUAUGCAGGUCAUCAUUAAUAUUCAUUAGGUUGGUUGAUGAUGUCACAUCACCACUUUCCUUUUUUUAAAAUGUUAUUACAUGAAAUCAUGCACUCAAUCAGUUGUCAUUCCAAUUUUUCAGUUCUUGGAGAAAAAAAAUGAAUAAACUUAAUUUCAUAUAAUGAAAUAAAAAAGAAUUAGUGUGGAUAUGACAUCAUCCAUUUGCUCAUUGAAUAUUCAUGACAACAUGCCUAGAACUGUUUCACUGGAAAAUGCAAAUCUUUAAAGUGUCAUAACUUCGUUAAAUUCCUUGUCCGACUUUAAUCAAAUUUUCAGAAUUUUGUUUCUCUGAUUUUUCUUUAUCUCUUCAAAUCAUAUUUAAUUCAGCCUGGAGUAUCCCCUUCAAACAAAUGUGUGUUAUUGGGAAUAUAUAGCUGGAUUUAGCGCCGUUUAGAUUUAAAUCUUUGCUCCUGUUUAGACUGUGAUCUUUUCUAUAAUUUAUAGAUGAAUAAGCAUUGGCACUUUGGCUUCAAGAUGUUUCUUAUGUUUUAAUAUAAUUUGCAAUCGUUUUUUGAAGCUAUUAUGAUUUUUCAUCACCAAUUACUGGAUAGAACUUUGAUUAAAUUCACUAACGAGAAGACGGUUCUGUGAACGUUGCUAGCCUUAUAGGCUUUAUACCAGUAUGAAGGCCCUGGAUGCCUCAGGGUAUACAGCUCAAUGUAAUUCUUAAUGAUGCCAAACGUCGACUUUUUGUAUUCUUAUUUCCUUAACUAAACUAUAAGUUAUAACUUGAUCUAUCUAUCUGUAUCAUUGUAUAAUGAUACUUUAAUCAAAAUAAACUACUACAUGAAUGUCAUAAAGAGGAAGAGACAGUAUUCUCAUUUGUUUUCAUUUCGCAUUUCCAUUAUGCAUUAGGUAUUCAUUCAUCAUCUUUCUAUAAUCAAUUUGCACUCCCUUUAAUUUCAAACCAAUAUGUCACAAAUUCCUUCAUUUUUGCACAAUCACUGGAUAUAUUUUUAGGCUCGAUGAUCAAACGUUGUAU